UCGGCGGUGUUGCCGCCGUUGCGGGUCAGCCACCCAGCCUUCCGCAGUGGGGGCGGGCAGGCCGGGGGAAGGGCCGGGCCCCGCCGCCGCGCUGGGCGAUGGAGUGAGGGAGCGCUGCGCGGCAGCGGGAAGAUGGCCGGUGGCGGCGGCGGCGGUGGCUGCAGAGACAGCUUGUUUCUGGAAGCUUUGGAUAGAUCACAGUCCAAGAGAGAUGGAGGUUUUAAAAGUAAUUGGAGCUUUGAUCAUGCAGAAGAAAGUGAAGGAGAUGCAGAGAAAGAAUAUUCGGAGAGUAGAACCUGCAAAUUUAAAAGCGAGGCAAAUCUGCUCAGUUUAGAUGACAGUGAUGGGUCUUUCAGUCCCAAUGAAGAAAAAAAGUCAAUUCGUUGUCGACCUGGAACUCUCGGCACCAGCAGCGAUGCCAUAAAAGCAUACACAAGGCGAGGCAAAGCUGGAGGUUUCAAACUUUUAAAAGGGAACGCAAUCGGCCUCAACAUGAUGGGAAAUAGCAAGAAGCUGAGUGAAAAUGCUCAGAAUAUAUCAGGUCCUGUGACUGUGGUACAUGGCAGGCGUUUUCACCAUGCACACGCACAGACAACCGUAGUAAAAACAGCAGCCCAAAGCAAUCUGGACCGAAAGGAAAGAAAAGAAUACCCACCUCAGCUUCAGAAAGUGGAGACAGACCACAUUAGAUUACCACGGUCUCAAGGAGUGGACAGUGUAAUGGAGAAUACAGACGAGUCUGAAUCAGAAUCUGACAUUAAGAGAAAGGUGCGACAGAAAGGUCAUUGCAAUUCCUAUCAAUCUGACUUGAGUCUUUCUUCUGCUACAAAAAAAUGCUUAACUCAGUCAAAGCUUUUGGAACAGAUUGAUUAUUCUACUGAAUGCCCAAAUUGUGGGAGGGCAAAUGAAAAUCAGACCAAAUGCCGACAUUGUGAAAGUGCUUCUCUAAAGGAUUUGCAAAGAGUCUCCAGACAAACUGUGACAUUAAGUGAAUCUGUGGGACCUUUAUCACGUUCUUCAAUACAUCAGAAUUCAGCAGGGCAAAAAUCUUCAGGUACAGGGUUCAGCACAAAGAAGUUUUACAGUUCUGCUGUUGGAAAAGGUCCAGCGGAUAUUCUACUGAGUAAUGAAGUAGUAGGACAUUCUAUGUUACGACAGAAUGGAAAAGUUGGUCUUUUAACGGGGACAAAAAAUCCUAAAAUUACAGGAAGCUUAAGACAGAGAGGUGCAAGACCAUCUGAACUAAAUGAUCCAAUUGUUUUGUCUAGUGAUGAUGAUGAGGACGAGAAUAGUGGCAGCACUAGGAGCAUGGAAAGCAUUUCACCUCGUCCUGCAGAUUCAGCCCGCUCCUCCCCAGCUCCUUCUACAGGAAAGGUGGAAGCAGCAUUAAAGGAGAACAGUUGUGGAAUAGAACAGAGAAUAGGUAGUAUAACAACAGAUACAGAAAUUGCAGUCACACUACCAAGAAAAGCAAGAAUGAAAGAUCAGUUUGGGAACAUUGUGUCUAACACUCCAAUAAAACGUCGUAAAGUUAUUUCUCAAGAGAUGAUAACCGAGGCUGUACCUCUAAAUUAUCAAAGUUCCUGUGAAAGUGUCAUUCUGAACUGCCGAAGUAUACGAAUAGGAAUGCUGCGCAGAAUGGUAGUGGAACCUGUGAUUUUUUGCCUGGAUUAUAUCAAAAUACGCCUAGAGAGCCAAGAAGAAUCAGAAAGUGAUAUCAGAGAGAUUAACCUGAAAACUUCAGAGCUUACUAAAUGUGAAUGGUGUAGUGUCCGAAAAUUGCCAGUAGUUUUCCUACAAACAGUACCUUCAACCUGUAGCAGUCUGAGAGAGCAGCUGAAAAUGAGUAAAGACAAUGUCUGGUACGAAUGUAAAGGAGACAGUCAGGAAGAACAAUACAUAAUUUUGAUUUUUGAAACUGGUCUUGAUCCUCAUGCAAAUUCAAUAUUUGAAAAAAUAAUUAUGGACAUUGGUAUUAGAAAUAAUAUUUCUGACUUCUUUGUGAAAAUUUCCUUUGAAGAAGCCAAUGCCAGGCUUGUUGCAUUUACUAAGUGCUUGGAGGACAAUUCCAAAGGAAGCCCAUCUCACAGAGAAAGCAAACUAAAAAAUGUUGCUUCUGAGUCCAAAAUGCAGCAGCGAAAUAAACAGUUACCGUUUUUUGAUGAUGAUGAAGAAAUUGGCGAACCACAUACAGUAUUUAUUGGUCCUAUAGAAAAGUUGAUAGUUUAUCCACCUUCUCCAGCUAAAGGUGGUAUUUCUGUGACCAACGAAGACCUCCAUUGUCUAAAUGAAGGAGAAUUUUUAAAUGAUGUUAUUAUUGAUUUUUAUUUAAAGUAUUUGGUACUUGAAAAGCUGAAAAAAGAAGAUGCUGAUAGAAUACAUGUGUUCAGUUCAUUCUUCUAUAAACGCCUUAAUCAAAGAGAAAGAAGAAAUAUUCAUGAAACUUCAAACCUUUCAAUACAACAAAAGCGACAUGGGCGAGUAAAAACGUGGACACGGCAUGUUGAUAUUUUUGAGAAAGACUUCAUUUUUGUUCCUCUUAAUGAAGCCGCCCACUGGUUUUUGGCUGUUAUCUGUUUUCCUGGUUUAGAAAAACCCAAAUAUGAACCAAAUCCCCAUUAUCUUGAAAAUGCUGCAAUGCCGAUUAAAUCUUCCUCUUCAGAUGGAGAGAGCAGCACACCAUCUCCUUUGCCAAAUGAAUUAGAUGCACAAAACUCGCCUUCCAAGUCCACAGCAAAGAAGACGUUUACCAAAAAGUACAGUACAGCUUUAAUCGACCCAAACACUGAAACAGAGGACAGCGAAUCUUCAUGUUGUAGAAGAAGUCCUUGUAGGGGAAAAAGUGCUUUCAAAAAACUGAAUCAAAUAGACAGUGACGUGGAAGAACCAAACACUGUGGAAUUGGCAUGCCAUAAACUAGACCAUAGAACUCUGGAUGAAAAUGGUAUACAGGGUGAAUUCACAGCUGCUAGCCAAUCUAUGGAUGGAUUGCACAAAAUCAGACUAAACUAUAGUGAAGACUCAGCUGAUGGCAGUAAACUAAAUGAAGAUGAGCUUAUAGAUUUUUCUGAAGACCAAGAUAACCAGGAAGACAGUAGUGAUGAUGGUGGCCUUGUAGAUGAUAACUGUAAUUCAGAAAUGGGACAGUGGUACCUGAAGCCAACUAUCUGCAAACAGCCCUGCAUUUUACUUAUGGACUCACUGAGAGGCCCUUCCCGGUCAAAUGUUGUGAAAACACUAAGGGAAUAUUUAGAGGUGGAAUGGGAAGUCAGGAAAGGCAGCAAAAGAAGCUUUUCCAAAGAUGUCAUGAAAGGUUCCAACCCAAAAGUGCCACAGCAGAACAACUUCAGUGAUUGUGGAGUGUACAUCCUGCAGUAUGUGGAGAGCUUUUUUGAGAAUCCCAUUUUGAGUUUUGAACUACCAAUGAACUUAACAGACUGGUUUCCACGCCCAAGAAUGAAAACCAAAAGAGAGGAAAUACGACAAAUAAUCCUGACGCUCCAGGAACAGCAGAAUAAGGACAAGAAGGGACAGAAAGACCCAAAUUCAAUUUUGCAGGAAAAGACAGAACAACUUACCAACAACAGCUCAGACUGAAUGUUGUAUCUGUUGCAUGUUAGCUCCACAAUCAAAACUGAAACCUACAUUUUUGUCUGCCCAGACUAAAGAUUUGGCGUGUUCUCUGCUCAAAGUUACUUGGGAAUGUUUAAUGCCUGUAUAAAUGUGUGUCAUAAAAUGGUUUAAUUCCCACAAAGAUGUGUAUUAAGUGAGUCUGUACAUAUGUUAAUGAGGCCAACUUUUUCAGCAUUUGUAAUUACUUUUUUUUCCACUUGAUAGGGAGCUUUGGUUAUGUAUUUCUGUUAAUAGAACUUAAAUAGCAACUUCUAAACAUAAAGGAAAUAAAGAAAAUAUAGGUUGAAA